CAGCUCCAGCAAAGGUGUUUCAGAUGCAAUGCACCUCGCUUCGCAACACCAAAACGAGAGAGAGAGAGAGAGACAGCGGAAAGAGAGAAGAAAGAAGCGCCAUUUUAUCUCGGAUUUUUUCUUUUUUACUUUGACCUGCUUCAGAGUAACCUAAUUUCCUGCAGGAAAGGUUGCAAAUUCGUCAAAGUUUCUUCUACGGAAGAGAUUCAAGCAUUCAUCUGUUGUUUUUUUUUUGUGAUGAUCGUCGAUCGGAGGAGAUGGUAGCAGAGGCAAAAAUUAUUUGUCAUCAGAGCAUCCCGGUUUUGGAUGUUCAGUACCGAUGCAUCGUGAAAGGAAACAAUCCUCAGAAGAUUGAAGACAUUGUCGACGUUUCGACGCCAUAUUCACCGGCUUUUCACCAAAUUCGCGCGUCAGAUUCGGUUUCAACCGAUAUAGCGCGCUCCGAAGAUGCGAGAUCCCUCGAUUCCAUCCCAGAUGUUAAAAUUGACUCAGCCAUCCUCCAGUUUGUCCCAACCUUACGUUCUGGUAGCUUUGUCGACAUUGGGCCCCGUAGAUCCAUGGAAGAUGAACACAUACGGAUUGAUGAUUUACCCACACACCUGGGUUCGCUCUUCCAGUGUCCCAAGCAUAGUGCUUUCUACGGGGUGUUUGAUGGCCAUGGAGGCUCGGAUGCAGCAACAUAUGUCAAGAAGAAUGCCAUGAAAUUCUUUUUUAAAGAUGCCGGCUUCCCACAGGCUUCUGAGGAUGAUGAUGUCUUCCUAGAAGAGGUUGAAAAAUCAGUCCGAAAAGCAUUUCUCCUGGCCGAUCUUGCUUUGGCUGACGAUCGUACUGUUAGCAGUUCUUCUGGCACAACGGCACUUACUGCUCUUAUACUUGGAAGGCUUCUAUUGGUUGCCAAUGCUGGAGACUGCAGGGCAGUUCUUUGCCGUGGAGGCGUAGCAAUUGAGAUGUCCCAAGACCAUAGGCCCAUACAUGCAUCAGAGCGGAGGCGGGUGGAGGAGUUGGGUGGUUAUAUCGAUGAUGGGUAUCUUAAUGGUGUACUUGCAGUUACCAGGGCCCUUGGAGACUGGGACAUGAAGUUUCCCCGAGGCUCUCCCUCGCCGCUGAUUGCAGAGCCAGAGUUUCGACAGAUAAUUCUUACAGAAGAUGACGAAUUCCUCAUCAUCGGUUGUGAUGGAAUAUGGGAUGUGAUGUCAAGCCAGCAUGCUGUAAGUAUAGUGCGCCGUGGGCUACGCCGGCACGGUGACCCGGAGCAGUGUGCCAGGGAUCUUGUCAUGGAGGCCCUCCGCCUCAACACCUUUGAUAACUUAACUGUUAUUGUUGUCGCCUUUUCCUCGUUAGACAACCACAUCCAGGGGGAGUCGACACCACCACGGCAGCAGCAGAAAUUGAGGUAUUGCAGCCUCUCCGCGGAGGCCCUCUGUAGUUUGAAGAGAUUGCUGGAUGGGAAUGACAGCGGAAAUUGAGUGUAAUUAUUUUUAGUUUAGCAACAGGCCGUGACACUUCCAUUGGGGAGAGGGAGCCGAUGCAUUCUGUUUUUGGUUGCUUCAGAUGCGUUAGAAAAAGCAGCCAGCUAGGACUAGGAGUGGGGAAGAGACAUUGUUUAACUUUCUAUGCUUGCCAAAAAAAAAAAAAACAUAAACUUUCAAUGCUUGUAUUUGCCUAUUUGGGGUAAAUGUACAUAUAUUACAAGUUAGGGGAAUAGGCAGAUCAUAACCCCUACUCAUUCAUGUUUAUAAUUAUUUGUUGUGUAUGUAAGGUAGUUAUUUUGCCAUCUA